CAAAAUACGAAGAAUAAUCAUCGUAGUCACCGACGUCGGCGAAUUGAUAGUCCAAGCAAUCGUGAGAAUUACAGCGUCACCGGCCUACCUUGCAUUCAUUAAAAAUAUCCUGUUGCCAGAAAAAGAGAAAACAAUCAUUUCCAUGUGCAGACCCAACAAUACCGAAACCACCGGAAACUCGAGACGCAAGAGAGUCGUCAUCAGUGGCGCGGGCCCUGCCGGUUUGCUUUUAGCAUCUCUCUUAUUGAAUAAGAACAAAGAUUCAUCAUGCACGGUCACUUACGACGUCACCCUUUUGGACGGUCGAGAGGAUUUCGGUAUUUUCACAAAAGAAGAACUUUCGGAGAACCACCGCAGUUGGAUGCUCGGCCUUGCGGAUCACGGAAUGGAUGCCAUCAAGACUCUUCCUGACCUUUACGAGAACUAUGUCAAGGGAGAAGGAAUUCUGGUCAGAGAAUUCAAUAUAUUCUUGGGAAGCAAGAAGGUGACGCAGACGCUAGAUUCCUAUGAGAACACUAUGAAGCGAUUAGGAAAGUCGGCGAAAGAUUCGUCGCCUCCCGAGGCUUUCAUCGUUGAUCGAAACUUUAUCGUAGCUGCGAUGGCGAGAUACAUUCGAGAAACGCAUAAGAACGAUUCCAACUUCAAAGCCAUGUACAAAACGACUUGCCAAUACGUGGAUUACGAUAACCGGCGGGUACUUGUCCGUAAUGUUAAUACGAAGGAGGAGCAUUACGUAGACUACGACCUGCUCGUGGGAUGUGAUGGAGUCCGAUCGACCGUCCGUGAGGCAAUCGUCAAGCGCCAUUCUGAUUUUUCUAUGGAGUAUACGGACAUUUUUCAAGAGUUUAAGAUGACACAUCUGAAAGCGCCAAAAAAAGUUUCGAAGUCCGCAAUGAGCAUCCUUCCCGAUAUCUUUCCGAACUGCCAGGGCAUUUGCCUACCAGAGACCGGAGACCUAGUGAAUAUUGGUAUUGGUGUCCCACGAAAUCUGGUUGACGAUUUGGACGACGAGCUGAAGAGUGACGACUACAGGGUUGUCGCCGAGUACGCCAGGAAGAACUUCAAGGCCUUUGAGCUCGAAGAUUACGAUGACUUUGGGAAGCAAUGGGUUGGUCAACGAUGGAACCAAACGGGCAUGGUUCACUGCAACUUUUAUCAUUCCCUGAAAACAGGUGUUGUUAUCAUGGGAGAUGCCGCCCAUGCAACAAGCCCAUCUAUCGGUAUGGGAAUGAACACAGCCCUUCGAGAUGCUCAAAUUUUUAGCGAAAUCUUGGAGGAAACCCAGGACGAUUUCGAGAAGGCGCUACCCGCCUUUUCGGAGGCACGAGUCAAAGAAGGAAACGCUUUGUCGGACCUCGCAAUGCAUUUGUACUGUAUGGACAAGAAGCAUCAAUUUAUUGAGACGAUCCAUUUGGUUGUGCGAAGUUUCCUGUAUUCCAAAUUUCCUACAUUGAUUGCCGAACACCCCCAAACUAUGGUUGGCCGCAGGGGCAUCGCCCUUAGCGAUGUCUAUACCCAGGCAGUAAAGCUGGGAGUCAUGGGCAAACACCGAGCGAUUAACGAUCGCAUUCGAAUGGACUAUUUUGAACGAAAGACAGGAAUGGUUAAAGCUUCAGAAAUUAUGGGGAGAGGCAUUGUUUCAACACUCAUCUAUGGAGCCGGCCUUGUAGCACUUGGAGCCGUCACGUACCAAAAACUAAUCCUGUAAUAGUACUGCUGCUACUGGUAGAAGAGAAAGAGGCAUUAAUAAGAAGAAAGAAUCUAUCGGAUAGUAUAAAAAAGUGAUACUACUACUACUCAGAAUUCUACUAAUUCAAAACUGCUGCUUUAGAUAAAAGGUUGGUGAAAAAUGAAAGUGUCAUCAUACUACUGUAGUACAGUAGUGUUUAUGAUAAGCAGGUUGUUACUACAGUAGUUUCGAUCUUUCCUUGAAUAGUUCUACUAUUACAAGUACUACAAUUGUUUUUCUUCAGUAAAAUAAAAAUUUUCAC